GAAAAUAACGUGGGGAUGGGCAAGCACUAGUAUACAGGUGCUAAACAUUGGAUUUAUCAAUUUACACGGGACCGGUGAAGGGGGAUCUAUUUCUACUCUCCUCCCGAAUAAAGAAGGGGACCAGGAAUUAUACGUUAUUGAUGCAUUAAAGAUAGUAAAAUAUGCAUCGUGUUUUGAUUUUGUGUGUGUUCUGUGUGGCGUCAUGCUUUUCACAGCAGCUAGCAGAGCUGACGUGCAGUGCUACUCGUAGCAUGGUAGAUGUUGAAAUGACAGGCGCUGCUGCUGUUAUAAAUGGAAUAUUUUCGAUUAGAAGACCAGGAACUAAUGGAUAUGGGUGUGGGGAACCUGCGGAAGAUUUGAUGCAAAUUUAUGAAGCUGCUCGUUGGACCCUCAACAGACUCAAUGCAAGAAAUUUUGUACCUGGAAUCAAAAUAGGUAUGCGGGCAUAUGAUGAUUGUAUGUCUUCACAAGUUGCGCUGAAGGCUGCUACAGAUGCUUACCCACAAUACACCAUUCCUAGCACAUAUUGUAGUGCUCAAACACCUAUUAAUUUGGGUAUUCUUGGACCACUCACAAGUCCCUCAACUCUGCCAGUUAGUGCUUUCAUGGGAAAAUUUAUGGCUACCGUCAUCUCCCCACGAGCUGCUUCGUCAGCUCUCAGUAAUAAAAAUAUUUAUCCCUCAUUUUUACGCACAACUCCUUCUGGAAAAGCUCAAGCUACGGCAAUGGUUAAAAUUCUACAGCAUUUAAACUGGAAGCGAGCAAUAAUAGUAUAUUCAGAUGAUGCGUAUGGACAAUCUGGAAUGGAGGAGGUACUUAAAGCAGCUCAUGCAGGAAACAUCUGUAUUACGCAAGCUAUCAGCCUACCUGUUACAGGAACCGCAGGAGAUUAUGCCGCCAAAAUAAAUAAUGCCAAUAAAUACAAUACAAAAGCAGCCAUUUUCUUUGGAUCUAACCUGGAAGCUCAGAAAUUAUUGGAAGGCUUAAAUGAUCAAACAUCACUGGGUGAUUUACAGUGGAUAUAUAGUGAUUUCUCUCCAACAGCUACUAUACCUGCUACUAAUAGUUAUGUAAGAGGAAGUAUGGUCAUUUUAAAAAAAGAAACAAUCAUCUCUGAAUUUGAAACUUAUUUUAAGACUCUUUACGGAACAAGUCCUGCUGAAAAUCCAUGGUAUAGUGACUGGUACAAAACAAGCUACACUUAUAGACAGAAUGUCUACGUAGACACAACCGUGAAGGCUGUCUAUGCCUAUGCUGUGGGACUUCGUGAUGCCCAGAGACAAAAUUGUAGUGCAGGCAGUGGUGCUUGCGACAACUUAAAGAGAAUGACCCCGACUGAUUUACAUGAAUUUUUAAAGAACGUUGACUAUACCUUUACCGCUGCAGAUGGUAUGAAUGCCAUGAUUGGACAAAAAAUAUCAUUUGAUGUAAAUGGUAAUCCACCAACGGCAGAAUAUGCUAUAUUUAGUUAUAACAAUGUUGAUGGAACGUACAGAUUCCAAGAAGCUGGUAGCUACAGAGAUGGUACAAUCACUUUAGACAGCAACAGAUUGAGAUUUUACAGCAACGAUAGAACUACAGCCCUGACUUCAACACCUACAUACCCCUGUCCAACCACAGGCUGUUCUAAUUGUUUCUUACCUACUCAAGAAUUAGAUUUUACGUAUAUAAAAGGAGAUCUUGCCUUGUUUACAUUGGCUAGCACCCACUUUCCAGGACGUGAACCAUUAACUUGUGAUUCAAUUUCUGAUAUGGGUGCCCAGUUACAUCUGGCCUUGAAGUAUGCUCAGCAGAAUAUUAAAACCAAAUUCCCUGACAAAUUGCGAGGAAUUGAUCUGGGUAUGUUGAUUGCCAACCCUUGUUAUAAUGGUUUAUCGGCAGAAAUCUUUGCAGCCAACUUUUUCGGAGGACGGAAGGUAUAUCGUGAUGCCACACAGUCGAUCAUAGAUCCAACUCUCGUAAGGGGUGUCCUGCAAACAUCUUCAGCAGCCGUUACAAAGCGAGUCAGUCCGGUAACUAGCCAGUUUAUGCUACCAGAUUUGGGAUUGCCAACAUCCAAUGAAUUCAGCAACAAAGAUAUGUAUCCAUUAUAUACUCGGGCUCACCCCUCUGAUGCAGUCGUCCAUUCUGUGAUAACUUCAACAUUUCAGAGAUUUGGAUGGAAUCACGUUCAAGUUGUAUACAAAUCGGAUGACUAUCACAUGCGUCAGAAAGAGGACUUCAGAAUGAAAGCUGGCCAGGCGUCCAUUUGUGUCGUAGCUGAGUAUACUUUUGAUGAAUCUAGUGACGGUUUGAUUGAAAAAUUACGACUCCAUCAACCUCAAGCUAGCGUUGUCGUAGUAAUGGGCUUGUCAGCUGACAUAAAAAAAUUACUAGGAGGACUUAGAAGAAAUAAUUCUGUGGGAGAAUUUCUACUCGUUGGCUAUUCCUGGGCAUUUGAUAAAGAUGCCAUUUCUACUUAUGAAGCUGAAGCUGCAGGAAGUCUGAUAGUAACUCAUUCUUCAAAUCUGAGUCCAGGAUUCAACCAAUACCUGGGAGGAUUUACCUCAGAGCAAAUUCAAACUGAUUCUGUAUAUUCUGCGUGGUACCAAUAUCUCAAUGACUGUUACCUGGAAGCUUCGAAUCCCAAUGGUUACAGAAGUCCUUGUACUCAACCACUACAACCUAUUAAUUCAGCAUCACCAAAUUACCAACCAUCCUCUUAUGUACCAUUUGCUAUCAAUUCAGUUUAUGCUAUGGUGGACGGUCUUCACAGAAUAUUAGUAGAGCAAUGUGGUGUUAAUUAUAACGGAAUCUGUACGGCGUUCCGAAGUAAUGCUACCGGUCAGAUGUUAUAUGAUAAACUACAGAAUGUAGAUAUACUCGAUGAUGCUAAUAAUCGAUAUGUAAUCAAUAACGGAAAAGUAGAAACUAAUUUUAUGGUCACAUCCUACAGACCAAGUAAUACACCAGUGAAGGUAGCAGAUUAUGUGACAACAACCGGUCAGAUCACCAAUUUUGAUAGGAAUAAUUUACAGCUUCCCCCAAAUAUGGUUGUUAACUCUCAAUGUACUGGUCCAUGUCUACCCUGUCAAUAUUUAUAUCAUCAUCAACCAUUUAUUUACACACCUGGAGAUGUUGUGAUUGGUGGAAUGUUUGGCAUCAGCAAUCCAGGGACUCAAGGACCUUAUCAAUGCGGGGCCGUAAAAAUACAAAAUGGAUUUCAGUUUACGUCUGCCAUGCUUUACGCACUACAAAAAGUAAAUAAUGGAGAAGCACCGGUUAGUUUACGAGGAUUAAAGGUUGGAGGGUUGGCUGGAGAUCAUUGUGGUAAACCAACACGUCCUGCCGGUAUUCUGUCGAAUAUUUAUUCUGGAUUAUACGAUUCAAGCUGGAGAAGAAAUGAAAUGUAUCCAGGAUUGAUGCCGGAGAAGAUCGCAGCCUGGAUGACAGAUACUACCCACAGUACACAAAAAGCAUCGGAACUACUUCAGCCAUUAAAUAUUCCCAUUAUCAGUCCUUCAGCGACGGCCAGUUCUUUGAAAGAAAUCCGAACAUUUUAUAGAACCAUUCAAGGAGAGGACGCCAGUGCCAGCGCUCUUUUAAAACUGAGCAAAUUACUUGGAUUUAGUUAUCUUCAAGCAGUCGUAUCUGAUAACACAGAAGGUCAUAUGUCAUUGGCUACCCUUAAAGCAGCCGGUACACAGGAAGGCGUCUGUGUCAUUAGUUCCCAUGUAGUUAAAACUGGAAAUAAUUUUACAACCAUUGUUGAAAAUUUAGUCUCAAGUACCUCCCAUGUUGUUGCCGUGUAUUUGACUAAUCAGGAAAUGAUUGAACUACUGCGUGCUAAGUCUAAUAACGUCGAAGCCAGGAAUCUCAUAUUUAUUACCACUCGACAAUAUUCAGGUAUUGGUUCUGCGGCCAGUAAUAUGCUAAAUGUUCAAAUCAGGAAUAAUCAAUUAACAGACUACAGAAAUUACUUAGAUAGGAUGACCACACAGGGUUAUCCAGGAAAUCACUUCUUUGCUGAUUAUUACAGCGAGCUGGAAAACUGCAACAUGCCAGGCGUUUACAAAAGCGGAAGACUUCCAUGUGGAACGAACUUGAAUCUUGGUGCUAGAUAUAUUCAAGAUAACUACGUUCUUUCUACAAUAAAUUCUGUGUAUUCUAUAGUUGGUGCUAUGGAUGCCACAUUAAAAGAGAUCUGUGGAGAGGAUUACAACUCAAUUUGCAGCAACUAUUCAAACAACCCCAACAUCAAUGCCAUCAUCCAGCAGAAACUUAAUACUUUAUCCUUCCAAGAUCCCAGUGGCCAUGAUUUUAGAUUUGUGGAUCGUGAAGGAAAUCUACCUUUUGAUGUUCUGCGUUAUGAUGGCACCAAAUACAAUGUGGUUGGAGGAUCAAGAGGAGCCACUAUACAGUAUGAUUCAACUUUAACAUCAAAUUAUCAAAAUAUAAAGGCUCAAUGUUCAGAAACCUGUGUUGAAUGUAUACAGAAAGGUGUUAAUUUUACCUAUAUACCUGGUGAUGUCAUGUUUGGAGGUGUUUUUGAUGUUCAUAAGAGAUCCCUUUUACCACAUAUUUGUGGUGAUAUCAACACUCUACAUGGUUUCCAACUUCUAGAAGCUUUCCACUACGCCAUAAACACAGUCAACAAUAAAGAGGGAAUGUUCAGAAAUAUAUUAAAUGGUGUCAAAGUUGGUGGAAUUGGUCUCGAUGGUUGUCAGAGUGCCAUAAGAACAGGCUACAUGGUAUCAAAUAUCCACAACGGUCAGUUUACCCUCACUCGGAACGGAGAAACAGUCAAUCCUAAGGAAAUUGAUGCAUAUAUCGGAACAUAUUCCAGCGAUAAUUCUAUCUAUCUGUCUCGUAUCUUGAAUGAUCUUAAGAUACCUCAAGUUAGUUAUGCUUCAUCAUCAUCUGAGCUUAAAGACAAACUCAGAUAUCCUUACUUCUACCGAACAGUUCCUGCAGACAACAAACAAGCAGACGCUAUGGCCUCUUUCUUAGACAAAUACAACAUCCGCUAUGUUCAAGUGCUUUACACUAACGAUAGCUACGGAAAACUAGGUGCAAAGAUGUUUGAAGAAAUUGCAAGUAGAAAGAGAAUUUGCGUAGCUCAGAAGGUGGCAUACCGAGAAGAGGGUGUGGUAUCGGAAGAGGUGUCCAAUGAAGUUGUUACUCUCCUCCGACAGAAACCACUGGCCAACACCGUUAUUGUUUUUGCUGGGUCAAGUUACAUCAAUGCUUUAUUAAGAGCAUUGGAUCGUGUACCGGGUGAAAAAUUUGAUUUUAAGUUUGUUGGAUCAGACACAUGGGGCUACAGCGAAGAUGCUAUUCUGGGAUCCGAGAAGUAUGCCACUGGGUCGGUCACCCUUAGUUUGGAAGCGGAGGACUUGAAACCAUUUGAUGAUUACAUGUCGACCAAAACACCCCUGAACUCGCAAGGAAACCCCUGGUUUAGUGAAUAUUAUGAAAAUAUUUGGGACUGCUACUUGAAUAUACCAACCAUGAAAUACUCUGGUCCCUGUCGCGUAAAUGCACGUAACCUAAUCACCAGCAGUCGAUAUACCCAGGAUCCAGGAGUCUUACAUGUCAUAAACUCUGUCUUUUCGUCAGCUUUUGCCUUGGAUAUGACAUUGAAAGAAAUUUGUGGCGAGGGUUACACGACAGUUUGUGAAGAUUAUAAAAAUCGUGAGGAUAGAAGAGAUGUGCUCCUGAGAAAAUUAGACGAUGUUGAAUUUGUUGAUUUAUCAGGUUCCAAGUUUGAAUUUGAAAAUCGUGAAGGAAAUAAAGGUUACACUCUCUAUUCAAUUACCAGUCAGUCUGUUACAAGUGGAUAUUAUUAUAAAAAGAUUGGCAAAUAUUCAUCAGAUGGCAAUCUAGAUAUGCAGACUUAUUCACCAGACUGGAAUGGUAGCUGUGAUAGAGAUGAGGCAUGCUCAGAAUGUCCUACAGUCAGAAACCGAGGAAAACGCUUUGCUGUUAGCGGAGCAACAGAGGUCGACUCGACAACCAUGGUGGCCGUUUUUGACAUUCAUCACAGUGGAUUAGAUGAAUUCCGUUGUGGUGAUCUUGAUAUUGGGAUGGGAUUUCAGCAAUAUUUAGCCUUCACCUAUACACUCAGUCAGGUUGUUCAAGGUGUAGAUAUACGUAGCUUUGUGUUGGACACUUGUUCUAAUAAUCUUCGUGUUGAACAGGACAUUUAUAAUCUAUUGGCAUAUGGCAAACUCUGUAAUUCAAUUAAUUUGAAUGGAAGUGUUUUAGCUAAUAGUGUAGGAGGUUUCGUAGUCUCAAACAACGAUAAUACUGAAGCAGCAGCUCGUGUUUUAAACCCCCUCGGUUUCACCUAUCUUAGUCCAAGUGCAACAUCAAUUGCUUUUAAUGACAUGAAUUCCUAUUCUUACCUAGCCAGAACUGUACCACCACAAAACGAAUUAUUAAAAGUUAUCCAUGCACUUCUUAAAAAACGUGGGUGGGAUUAUGUAUCUCCGUUCGUUUCAUUUGACCCUGAUAUGAAUGCUGCAUACAAUACAUUUAAAAUGAUGGCAGACGAAAAUAAUAUUUGUACAGGAUCGCCAUCCAUGUUAACGACACCAUUAACCAUGCAGUUAGCCGAAAAUGCUCUUAACAAUCAAUUUGACAACAGCCCCUCGCGAGUUAUUAUUCUUUUCACCACCUGGGAAGACACCAAAAUUAUUCUGCAGGCUGCCCAAAAGCUUGGAUAUCUUGAUGAAUAUCUGUGGAUUUUAACUGACAAUUGGGCUAUGAAUAUUGAGGAACUCAACCUCCCACAAGGAAUGAAAUUCGAAGCUGUAGCCAUCAGCAUUAGAACCUCUGUUGUCAAUUCUUUCAGAAACUACAUGAAUUCUCUGACAUACGACAGAACCAGACCCAGCAGAAACACACUUGACAUCCCAAGAGAAUGGUUUGAGGAAUUUUUCCAGCGAACUCAUAGAUGUCAUUUAGACGAUGCUGUCAUUCAGAGAAUAGAAUUUUCCAACAUGUGUACCAAAAAUGAGACACUUAAUUUUAUGAAUAUGAAGAUGGAUCAGUACAUACUCAAUACAAUUGCUGCCGCUUACGCCAAUGCUGAAGGAGUGAAACAGUUUAUGACUUUAUAUUGUUCAGCAGGUGAAACGCUAGCCAGUUGUGUUAACAGACGGUCAGACAUUAAUGUUAGACAGGCCAUCAGAGAUCAAGUUCUCUUAGUUAAAUGGAACAUGGGCAAUUCUGUUUCCUUAAAUAAAACAGAUGAAGAAUUUAACGUCAAUUUUAAUGUCCAACAAUUUUGGCAUCCUGGCUAUGACGUAACUAGAAUUCGUGUUGAUACAACUGCAAAUCGUUUUGAUAAGAAUAUGAUUGGCAAAUGGGCAGAAGGUGAAUUUGAAUCAUCAUCUCAAUUUAGUAAUCUACGUUCACGGACCGCCAUUUGUUUGAAUGAAGACAGAACAGAAUGUGGUUGUCCAGCGAAAGCCGAACCUAUCGGUAAUGGAACAGCAAGUGGUCAGUCUGGUGGAAGGAAUGGAAUCACAGAACCUAGAAACUGGUAUUAUUACAAUGAUGGGGCUAAAUUGUACGAAUGGCCGAUUUGGGCGAUCGUUGUAGCUGUUCUCACAUGUGUUGGUCUUCUGGUAUCCAUAAUAACUCUAGUAUAUCUGUUAAUAGCGUACCCUGUACGAGGUGGCACCACCAUACUUGGCUAUAUAUCACUGAUAGGAAUCAUCUUAAUCUACGUCCUCAACUUCGCUUUCUUCUUCCACGCUUCCUUGGAAACCUGUACAACGAGACGUUUGGCUAUGGGUAUUGUUUACGCCAUAGUGUUUGGUCCUUUAUUAGUAAAAGCUGUGGACAAUUGGUUCCGUAAACAUGAGGACUUUGAAGUAUCGCAGUAUCGUGGAUUAACCAGCACCUGUGCUUUGGUUUUAAUGGCUUUAUUCAUAAUUUUAAUCCAAGUAAUAAUACCUAUAGAAUGGUUGAUAUUAGUAUGGCCGACAGCUUCUAAAUUCAUGAACUCUGACGUCCAUGAUUACUGGUGGUGUGAUCCGAUGGAUCAAUACGAUGUAGGUCUCGUCUUAUCCUUGAUCUACGUUAUGUUCCUGGUUAUCCUGACGGGAAUAUUUGCUGGAAUGGCAUGGGACAGUUGGAGAAAUAACUACGAAUCCAGAUGGAUUUUCAUUGGUGCUGUUUGUACUGCUGGUUGUAUGUUUGUCUGGAUGAUUGUGACUACUAAUGCAGGACCAACAGUGAGAGAUGCAGCUGUAACUAUUGGUAAUUUUGUAAAUGCGACAGCGUUACUGCUGUGUAUACCACUACGUAAAAUGAUUAUAUUAUGUACUUAUAAAGAAGAUAAAGAAGAAAAUGGAGGUGAACUGUACGAUAAUAUUUAUGCAAAUCCAAGUUUUGAUCCAGAUUUUCCAGAUGCCGGUAAUUAUCCAAAGCCUGAAAGUAAACAAGGUUCAGAUGUUGGAUUUUAAAUCGUCUUCAUUUACUUAAAAUAGAUUAAUCAAUUCAAGGUUCAAGAACAGAAUUCCAUUUCAAGAUUAUUAAAUUUUUAAAAAUGAACUAAAACAACCCUUGCUUAACAAAACAAUAGGAACAAUGUAUAUAGCUUAAAGCUAUUGUUUCAGGGAUGAUCAGUAGCUUAUUAAUGAAUACUAGCUUAACCAAAUUUUUAACAAAAGAAUUAAAGAAUAAAUGUUUUAUAUAGAAUUAUUAAACACAGAUAAUCAUGUUUGUCACAAAUGUUUUCAAAUUUAUUUUAAGUUCAUCUUUGAACAUCUACAUAAAGGAAACUAAAAUAAACCAAAUAAACUGCUGAUUUUUUUUAUGUAAAAAUCAAAACAUUUUUUAUAUAUUUUGUUUACCAUGUAUAAUUUUCAUCUUAAGAAUCUUUUAUUUUAUAAAUUAAGGGAAAAGUAUACUUGCAUUUCCAUAGGUAAGCUUUAUAAGAAUCUCAAAUCUCAUAAGCCUGCAUAUAAACUAUAUUGUCUCUCUUAUGUAUAUAUUGAUUUACGAUUUCCUAGACUUGGUCUGAUUAAUCAUUAAUUAAUGAUAUUAAACUGGAUCCUGUUGUUCUAUGGUAUAUUUAAUAUAUACAGAAGCUUAUCCUUUAGAUGCAUUGUGUUACUGGAUAGAGCAAAAAACUCAUAUCUAUAUCAGAGCAAUUACUAAUUUAUUUUAGCAACCUUUCAAAGAGUAUUCAAAAAUGUAAAGUUGAAAACUCUUCAAGUGAAUACUCUUCAAAAUGUCUGCCUAAAUAAGUAAGUUAUUAUUCUUCUAUAAGUUUGCUUUAUUAUUAUUGUUAGAACCUUGGAUACAUACUUAUUACAUACUUAUUACAUAUGUAUAGGAUAUACUAUGAGAGCCAGGUCACAGAUACUUUAUAUAAAUAUUUACAACUCACUCAAAUUUCUAGUUAUAUUUUAAUACAUUUAUCUUUACUUACCGGUAGUUUUAGGAUAUCACAUUUUUUAGAAUCUCUAUUUUUAUUGAUUUUUUUAUCUUUGAUUUUGAAUCAAAGACCCAUUAUAGGGAGGCUACACAAUAUGCUCAACUUGUUAAUGAAAUAUUAUAUUAUUGUUUUAUGGUAGGUUCUCACUGUCGUGCAAUGCGUUGCGAUAGGAUUGUCCCUAUUGAGUCCAUGAUCCAGUACAUGCAGAUACGUUCAGAUACGUUUCGAUAGGAUUUUCCCUAUUGAGUCCACGAUCUGGUACAUGCAGAUAUGUUCAGAUACGUUUCGAUAGGGUCAACACGAUUGCUACGAAUGACCUCAAUAUAUGCUAAGACCUGAUAGGAUCACCACGGUUACACCAUGAUUUCAAUCGCAGCAUGACUGGUUAUAGUGGGAACCUAGCAUUAUAUAAGUUAAGUAUUGACACACUUAAUAUGUUAUUUCAAAGUUACUUCUCAUAAUCGUUUCAAUAUUUGAAGUAAUCCUCACAGAAAGUUCGGAGCACACAAAAAAAAUCUCAAAAAAAAAAUUUAAAAAAGGGUUACUGGGAGUAUCAAAAGAUCAGACACAAUUUGGAGGGGUUUUAAAAAUACAUUGAUAUUCUAAUACCAUGUCAUAAUUGUUAUCCACCAAUUCGAAUGCUGCUCAAAGCUAUGAAGUAACUUUUGAAAUAGAUUAAGCAACAAGUCUAUAUUAUGAAAUAAUCUUUAUAUAUAAAUACUAUUGUGAUAGAUAUGUAUAUAUAUACAUGUAUAUAUUUAUAGGUGAUGUUCAUUACUUACUAAUAUAAAUAAUUCUAGUUUUAUAUAUUUGACUUGCAACCCCUGAACAAUAGAUUUUGUUUUAUAAUAAAUAUUUUUAUACUGAA